GUACGAUGGACACAACCCAAUAUUAUUGAGUAUCGUGCAACCGUGGACCUCUAGACGGUUGCAAUAAUGUCAUGGAACGACGAUAUCGCAUAUGCUAUGACCCCCUACAAAGUCUUUACUCUGCCAUUAGGCGUUUGGCCUUUGCAAAAAUAUAAUAUGUUUUCUUUAUUCCGAUCUAUCGUGUGCGGCAUCAGUUUGAUCGCCAUGAUAAUCAUGUUGUUCCUCGAAAUCAAUUUCGGUAGCAGCGAUGCUUACGUAAAACUCGAUGAUUUUAUGCUUAUGAACUACGCUAUUAUUUGUAUACUAAAGAUAUUGUCAUUCCGCUUAUAUGCCGACAAUAUGAUUCGCAAUUUCUCUUCUGCCGUGAAAGAUUACCUCGCGAUCGAUAACGAGGGGACGCGCAUCAUCAUGCGACGGCACGCAUUCAUGGGAAGAAUAAUUUGCUUCAAUAUCGUAUUUUGUACUUAUUUGACGUCAGCAUUUUUUUUUCUGCUACCUAUAAUAGCAGGCGAGGGUGAGGAUAUCCAAAUUAAUGUAACAAUCAAGAAUCAAGGCGCGGAAUUACCUGUGCCCAUAACAUUUUUAGGGGACAUCCACAUUCCUACGAUUUUGUACUUCGUGAUCAGUACGAUGCAAUUAUUCAUGUUGAUGUUUAUUGGUACUAGCAAUUGUGGCAAUGAUUCACUUUUCCUUGGUAUCGUUCUCCAUAUUUGCGGCCAAAUAGAAGUUCUAAAAGUUGAGCUUUUUAAAUAUGGCACGAAAAGCAAAAACUUAAGUAAGGAUUUUUCAGUAUUGGUAGCAAGACACUGUUAUCUAAUAGAGCAUGCGGAAUUACUAACAGAACUAAUAAGUUUCAUUUUGAUCGUGCAACUGUUAUCCAAUUGUCUUAUUAUUAGUUUAAUCGGUUUCCAAUUUAUCUUAGCAUUGAAGGCGAAUGAUGCAGUAAUGAUUAUUAAAACCAUAGCAAUGUUGUUCACUAUGUUAUUGCAAUUAUUCUUUUAUAGUUUUGUGGGCGAUUAUCUAAAGUGUCAAUGGAAGAUGUCGCAGAUUCGAUUUACAGCUGCAAAUGGUAUUCCUUACAAACAAACUUGA